GGCGCGGGCGGCGCGGGCCAUCGCGCGCAUGAACUUCCUGCACCGCGCGCACCCCGAUAUCCGCGCCGAGGAUAUGCUCUACACGCUGCUGCUGUUUGCUACCCAGCCCAUAGAGUUUAUUAACCGCUGCGAGUGGCGCGGGGUUACGGAGCUGGAGGAAGCGGCGAGCUGGAGGUUCUGGUUUGAGGUUGGUAGGAGGAUGGGGAUUCCUGAGGAGACGAUUCCGGGGAGCUAUAAGGACAUGGUGGAAGCGUAUCACGCCUACGAGGAGCAACAUAUGUGUCCUGCCGAGAGUAAUGAGUUCGUGGGCAGGCAGACUGUCAAGCUGCUGCUGUAUUGGGUCCCCGGCGAGACGGCGAAGCGGACGGCUAGGCAGCUGGUGUAUGCCGUGUGCAAUCCAAGGCUGCGGAGGGGCAUGGGGUUUCCGGAGCCCGCGGCGUGGGCGGUGUGGUUGCUCCCCGCGCUCCUGGGCGCGAGACGGUUCUUCCUGAGGCAUUUGGCGCUCCCGAGGAGAGAUGCCAGCAGGCAGCGGAAUGUUUCCGACCGCCCAGCUGAGAAUGGCAGGUACUUCGUGCCGAAGUACGAUAACCAGCCGUGGUACGUCCCCGCAACGUUUGGCAAUCGAUGGGGGCUGUGGGGAGUCGUCUCGAGGAUCUUGGGACUGCCGGUUGCGGGAACGGAGGGAUAUGGCGAGGAUGGGUAUGAAAUCGGGACGGUGGGACCGACGGCGUUUAAGAAGGUGGGCGUGCAGACGGUUAGGAGGGAGGCGGAGGAGAUUAUGAAGAUGGGAAGUGGUGGUGUGGGUGCUGGCUGCCCGUUUGGUUGAGCUUCAGCCUUCAGCCUACUAUACUGCUGCUGCUUCAGCUCAUUGGUGAAUGCGUUAUUUGCCCUUUUGUUUGCUUUUUGUCUGUAUCAAUGCCCAAUGCAGUACCGUUGUCGUGUUUUCUUAUUCCGACGACGGUUCAUUGAUAAGCACCUUAGUUUUCAGUCAUGCAUUUGAUCAUUCG